AUGAAGACGACUUGGAAGGAGAUUCAACCUGUGCCCUCGAGCCAGGAGUUCCUGGAUAUCGUUCUUUCUCGGACGCAGAGACGGCUGCCGACGCAGAUUCGUGCUGGUUUCAAGAUUAGCCGGAUUCGAGCGUUCUAUACUAGAAAAGUGAAGUUUACACAAGAGACUUUUUGUGAGAAAUUUCAAAAUAUAUUGGAAGGCUUCCCAAGGUUGCAGGACAUUCAUCCAUUUCACAAGGAUUUGAUGAACACGCUCUACGAUGCCGACCAUUUCCGUAUUGCACUUGGCCAGCUAGCUACCGCCAAACAUCUGAUAGAAACCGUUUGUCGUGACUAUGUCCGCCUCAUCAAAUAUGCUCAGUCGCUAUUCCAAUGUAAACAGCUCAAGCGGGCUGCUCUAGGUCGCAUGGCGACGAUAUGCAGACGGCUGAAGGAUCCGCUUGUCUAUCUUGAACAGGUGCGACAGCAUCUCGGCCGUCUGCCCUCGAUCGACCCCAACACUAGAACGCUCCUUAUUUGCGGAUACCCAAACGUUGGCAAGUCCAGCUUUCUGAGGAAUAUUACCAAGGCAGAUGUCGACGUGCAACCAUAUGCGUUCACUACUAAGAGUCUAUUCGUCGGCCAUUUCGAUUACAAAUACCUUCGCUUCCAGGCGAUUGAUACCCCUGGUAUCCUAGACCAUCCGCUUGAAGGAAUGAACACCAUUGAAAUGCAGCAGAGCUCAUCGCGAGAAACGACAGCUAAUCCGCAACGAGUCCAAGAUGCGCAAAUCGCUCAAGAACCGCGCGUUAAUCCCGCGCAGCGCAAGGCGCGCAAACUGUCUGAGAUGCAAUCACAUCUAGAAUCGAUCGGGUACGAUGCAACAUCUGCAACCAGAAGUGCCCAGGGACAGACCCCAUCUCAGGCACAGUCGCGUGGCCGGAGUGCUACACGAAACGAGAAUACAGAUACUGCAGAUGCCAUGGAUAUUGAUGGUGAUGGCAACAAUGCACGCCAGGAGCUGCUCCAGCGCGCCAAGAGCCGGGCUCGCAGCCAGGUACCAGCCAACCGACGCGUUGACGGCAUAACGGACAUGAAGACUCGAAGCAAGGCGGAUAAGAUGGCCAAGCUAGCGCAGAUAAAGAUGAAUCGGAUGGCGAGACAGGGUGAGGCAGAUCGACAUACAACGGCUUCUUUGCCGAAACAUUUGUUCUCUGGGAAACGUGGCAUGGGCAAGACUCAACGACGCUGA